GAGGACACUGCCGUUUAGCGGUUAGUAGUUCAGCAUCAAGUCCCAGCUGAGAAAAUAGUCCCACUAUAUCCCGGCUGCACAGACAAACCAGAGGGGCCUGUUCCGCUUGGAUGGUCGGUACAGUGAAAGCGGCGACUUGCCGAGAGAUUUCUCGUGCGCCUGUUUUGCUCUGAAUUGGGGAAGAAGACUGAUGCAUUAUUCUGCCGGCACCAGCACGAUUCAAAAUAUUCUACUCGGAAUCCACGCACCCCAUUAGAAUAUCGGGAUACGCAUUAGACGACCCCUCGCGCCUUCGUCGUACAACGUUUUGCAUAGAAAUAAGUAGGCUGCUCUGGAGAAUAAUAUUGCCAGUAAGAGAAAAGUCCAGCGAAGGUACAAAAAAGGAUCCCAUACACCUGUGAUUGUAUGUGAGCCUACUUUGACCCCAGAAAUUGAAGAUGACGUUGCUAUGGAAACUGCUGGUGCUGCAGUCAUUCAUGGGGCGCCUUGCAGAGAGCAGCGGCCUGCAAAGCCCUACCUUUACCAAGCAGCCUGGCAGCAUUGUGUUUCCCGUGGACUCCAUGGAGAAGAACCGAGAGGUGGUGUUCAGCUGUGAGGCCCAGGGUAACCCACCUCCCUUUUACAGGUGGAAGCUGAAUGGUACAGUGAUUGUCCCCAAAUCAGGUUCCCACUACAGCCUCUCCGGGGGCAAUUUGCGAAUCAGUCGCCUGAACAAAGAUGAGGAUGCUGGAACAUACCAGUGCCUGGCAUCAAACUCUUUUGGGACCAUUGUCAGCCGAGAGGCCAGUCUAACCUUUGCAUUCUUGGAAAACUUCAAGACACACAGAAGAAGCUCAGUGUUGGUUCGUGAAGGACAAGGAGUGGUGCUGCUGUGUGGACCACCACCUCACUCUGGAGAGCUGUCGUAUGCCUGGAUCUUUAAUGAAUACCCAUCAUUUGUGAAGCAGGACACCCGUCGCUUUGUGUCUCAGGAGAAUGGGAAUCUGUACAUCGCUAAAGUGGAGCCCUCGGAUGUGGGCAAUUAUACCUGCGUGGUAACCAACACUGUCACAAAGACCAGAGUGCAAGGGCCUCGUACUCCUCUGGUACUACGCACUGAUGGGGUGAUGGGUGAAUAUGAGCCAAAGAUUGAAGUCCAGUUUCCAGAGAUUGUUCCGGUUGCCAAAGGAUCAACAGUCAAAUUGGAGUGUUUUGCAUUGGGAAACCCUGUCCCAACUAUAAACUGGAGAAGAGUGGAUGGAGUCCCAUUCUCCAGAAAGGUGGACCUGAGCAAAGCUAGUGGCGUCCUGGAAAUUCCGUAUUUUCAGCAGGAAGAUGCAGGCUUGUAUGAAUGUGUGGCUGAGAACUCCAGGGGGAGGAACAGCGUGAAAGGAAAGCUCUCCUUCUAUGCCCCUCCGCACCUGCUUGAGAAACCCCAGGACAUGCAGAAACCAAUUGAUGACACAUUGCUUUGGGAGUGUAAAGCCAGCGGAAAACCAAAGCCUUCCUACAGAUGGAUGAAGAAUGGAGAACCUCUGGAGACUUUAGAGGAAAGAAUACAAGUCAUCAACGGGGCCCUGUCAAUCAGCCGUUUAACGCUGCCUGAUGUUGGAAUGUACCAGUGUGUGGCUGGCAACAAACAUGGGGAGAUAUACACCAAUGCAGAGCUGCGAGUUAUUGCUGUUGCUCCAGAUUUUUCUCAAAACACGCUGAAGGCACACACACUGGUGCGAGAGGGCGGAGACGUGCUGAUUGAGUGUAAGCCAAAGAUGUCUCCCUGGGGUAUGAUCUCCUGGAGGAAAGGGAACGAGGCUCUGCGAGAGAGCCACAGAGUUUCUAUUUUGGACAGUGGAAGCCUACGGAUAUCGAAUGUAACCAAAUCAGAUGCAGGCUCCUACACAUGUGUUGCAAGAAACCAGUUUGGAGUGGCUAGCAGUGGAGGGAGUCUGGUAGUGAAAGAGCCGACGAUCAUUACGACUCCUCCGUCAACUCUGGACGUGACCGUGGGAGAGAGCAUCGUCCUGCCCUGUCAGGUCACUCACGAUCGCUCUCUCGACCUGAAAUUCACAUGGUUCUUCAACGAGCAGCUCAUCCACUUCGGAAGCCAGGGCGGUUACUUUGAGAAAGUAGGCGGCCAGCAUUCAGCUGGAGAUAUCAUGAUCAGGAAUGUUCAACUGAGGCAUGCUGGGAAGUACACCUGUGCUGUGCAGACAAAGGUGGACAGCGUUUCAAUUGCAACAGACCUGAUUGUUAGAGGUCCCCCAGGCCCGCCCACAAGCCUCCAUGUAGAGGAAAUCACCGAUACCACAGCCUCUCUGUCCUGGAGGCCCGGGCCUGAUAAUCACAGUCCAAUUACCACAUACACCAUCCAGGCAAGAACUCCAUUCUCCCUGGGCUGGCAGGCUGUCACCACAGUUCCUGAGGUGGUGGGAGGUCGACGCCUGACAGCCACAGUAGUAGACCUCAGUCCAUGGGUGGAAUACGAGUUUCGGGUCUUGGCGAGCAAUGCCAUUGGAACAGGAGAACCAAGCAAACCCUCCAAGCAAGCAAGGACUAAAGAGACCCUUCCAAAGGUCACCCCUGCCAAUGUGAGUGGAGGUGGUGGCAGUCGCUCAGAAUUAGUCAUCACUUGGGAGCCCGUUCCCGAGGAGCUGCAGAACGGAGGAGGGUUUGGUUACGUCGUCGCCUUCCGACCCCAAGGUGCACCUGGAUGGAUGCAGGCAGCAGUCCCCUCACCAGAGGCCUCCAGAUACAUCUUCAAAAAUGAGAGCAUCCCUCCAUUUUCCCCCUUCCAAGUGAAAGUGGGAGUUUACAACAACAAGGGGGAGGGGCCCUUCGGUCCCAUAACCACCAUCUACUCUGCUGAGGAAGAGCCUGGACGAGCUCCUUCCAGGAUCCGCCCCAAGAGCCUGUCAGCAUCCGAGAUCGAGGUGUCCUGGAAAGCCCUGCCCUGGAACACCAGCAAGAGGAGGGUUCUGGGCUAUGAGCUGAGGUACUGGGAGAGGAAGGAUAAAGAGGAGACAGCGAGUGUACUGAGGACGGUAGGAAACAAGACGUCUGCUGUCAUCCGAGGACUGAAGGGAAGCAGCACAUACUAUAUCACAGUGAGAGCCUACAACACUGCAGGAGUAGGGCCGCCCAGUGCCACGGUCAACGUCACCACCAAGAAACCACCUCCGAGCCAGGCUCCCCUUAAAGUCAUGUGGAACACGUCAAACUCUAAGAUCAUCCUGAACUGGGAGCAUGUCAAAGCUCUGGAGAAUGAGUCAGAAGUCACAGGCUAUAAGGUGCUGUACAAACGCAACAGACACAGCCGCCCCAGUGUGAUGGAGACCAACACGACCUCAGUGGAGCUCUCUCUGCCUAUUGAUGAGGAGUAUAUAAUUCAGAUCAAACCAUUUGGUGAGGGAGGGGAGGGGAGCAGCAGCAGGCAGAUCACCAUCCCUAGAAUAGCAGGACCGAAUGCCGUUGGCUCAGCAUCCAAGGUCUCCACCAUCUCAGCUCUCAGUACAAUAGCCCUGUCCUUCACAGCUCGGACAUCAUUAUGACAAACGGUACCCAGAGAACUGUGCAUUCAAUGAGGAGAGAACAACACAGAGACUUAAAGGAAAGGUACACAACUAUCAACCAACCUCGCUGGUAUGAAUAGAUCCAUUAGUUUAGACUUUAGAAGCAGGGGGGACAAGCCUGAAAAUAUUCUUUCAGAUGAGAAGAAUACAGUCCCUCUUCAAAACGUCCUUGCAGAAGCAGGGAAUCCUCUGAAGUCUUGAAUAUGUUGUUACCAAAGCAGCUUUCAUAAAAAAAAAAAUAAGAAAAGAAAAAGUCCUUGUAUGCAUAUUUUAUAUGACAUAUCUAGCUUUUUAUAGAUUUCUUUAAAUUUACCAAUGGAUUAUGUGGUCUGUUCUGUUCCAGUAUGGCAAGAGUACAGGAUUUAAAUGCAUGUCAUGUCUAAGAUGAAGCAUUUCUCUAGUAUGAACAAGAAAGGUUAUUCCGCUUGUUUUAAAAGAACCCCAACAUGUAAAGCUAUUUACAUUUGAUGGUAUUUCUAGCCUUUGUUACUGUAGUGGAAGUUGAGGUAAAAAUAAAUAAUGAACUGAGGUACCUGUAGUAACCUGUACCCGUCAACUGCCCUGAACUCACACAGUGGUUAAUUUCCAAAUUGAUGUGCGAAUUGUAUUACCUUCACAUUAAUUAUCAUACAAAUCUACUGUUUGUGGGAAAAUUGCUUCCAUUGUGAUCUUAUGAAAGCCUAUAUGCCUCUGCAUCUUAACAAACCUUGUGAUGAAAGCUGUUCUCCUCAGUCUGAGUGAAAAGAGGAAUGUCUUACUUUUCCUCUGCAUUGUGAGAUGUCAGCAUCCUCCAUUGUAAACAGUGAAGGACACCAUCACACCACUGUCUGUGCUGUGUCUCUAUCCAUCGUGGUGAUUAGGCAUUCCGUCACAUCCUCCACAAAUCUCAUGUUCAGAACGAUGCCCUGGCUUCUCGAUUGUACCUUUAGAAGCAUCAUAUGGCCAUCUCAGCCUUCCCAUCUGUACUGUUAGUGACAUGUGUCUAGAGCUAUGCUUUGCCUAGUGUGUGCCUCAUUAUUGUAUAUGUUUGAAAUCCUCAGGUCCUUAAAGAGCCUUAACUUAUCAAGUAUAUGUAUACUGUUAUUAGUUCUAAAUAACACAAGGACACAGCUGGUUUAGGGAAGGUAUGAAUACGCACACAACAUUACUUGAGAGGUGACGCAUCGUCACAGGUGUUGAGGUUUGGGCAGUCAUACCACCUACUUCUAAAAUCAUAUGUACAGAGGCAUUAUUCAACAGUCAUUUGCUGUUUAGCAUGGAAAAUGGCAAUACGUUUGG